UCGCCCUCAGCAUGUCGGCCGUCUAUUUAAAACUCAUAACCGUCCUUUGUCUCUCCCGCACAGCCCUGAGCGGCCCAGGGAGCAGUGGAGCGGUGUGGAGAGAUUUCGGAGGAGCCGUCACCAUCCAGUGCAGAGUUUCUGAAACGGACCAAAUGUCCCUGGAUCUGAAGAGGGGUCUCAAUGAGAAGUCAGUCCUGUUCAUAGAUGGCUCCUCAGACAAAUAUUACACUGGCAAAGAAUUCAGUGGCAGAAUCCAGUUCAAUGGAAAAUUCCCCAACAUGGACAUCAUCAUCAAGAAUCUGACCUCUGACGACACGGGACUGUACUGGUGCAAGUACACCAGGUUUGACCCGGAGUCCAGUGAUUUAGUGAGCGUGAAAGGCCAUGACUCUCUGCUCCUGGUGGUGACAGGCCAAGAGACCGCAGCAGGCCAAGAGACCGCAGCAGGCCAAGAGACCGCAGCGCGUCGCCACCAACGAUGUUUACGAGGACAUGCGAGGAACACUCCGGCGCUGAAGAUGUGCGCGUGCGCGGCGCGCGACAAGCAGCUCGAACCAUCUCGAACCAUCUCCAGCAAUGUUGCAACUCAGCAUUUUCUGCGACAUCUCUUGAGGCCUUGUGUGUGCGUGUGUGUGUGUGUGUGUUGGUGUGUGUGUGCGUGUGCGUGUGGAAGACAGUUAGAACAAGACGUCCGUGAAUUGUUAACAAAGGUAAUACGCCAAUGAAUGAAGUAUCAAACAAUACUUUACACAACUCUGUUUGAAAGUAUAUAGAAUUAGAUAAUUAGUUCUUUCAGUGUGAAGAGGUCAGAACUGGAUUGUUCCCUGACAAGUAUUGUUUUUUGUAAAUAUGUUUUUCUUGUAUAGCCUGUAGGGAAAUCACUUAAAAUAGAACACAAAUAUGUUUUAAUGAUAAUCCAUCAUUACGCUGCAUGUGUGUAACGAAUGUACAGAGAAAACAUUUAAGUAUUUCUUGAGGAACACUUUGUUAAUGAUAUGAAGCUCUUUAAUUGUUUAAUAACUGUAAUUAUUGUCUCCACAAAUAAAACAACAGUGUGAUUAAUA